AACAGAUGGGACAACUGUGAGACCCUCGACGUCUCCACCACUAUAAUUAGUUUAAAGACAGUGAUUCAUGUCAUUUUUUCUGAGCAGAUUUCUUCAUGAGACAUGGUGCUACCUGAAAAAACCUCCAGAUCAUCUGCUCCCAAGAAGGUCCCCCAUCAGCCCACCAAGCCUUCUCACCCAAGCCUGCCCUCCCCCGCCCUCUGCUGCGCCUGCGGCCUCUGCAUCAUGUUGGCUGGCAUCAACAUCACCCUGGUGGGAGCUUUCGCCUUUGGCACCUUUGUGCCAACCAAAAACCCCCCCAUCAUCAAUGGUCCUCUUCUCUUACUGCUAGCCCUGGCCUUCUUUACAGCCUGCUGUGUGGCAAGCAGGAGGCCCCAACGACACGGGGGGCCGUAAGUGAAAGGAGGAGAGAAAUGGGGGCUGAUGAAUGGGACGGCAGCUUUCGAGAUGGAGACAAGCGAGCACACACUGCAGGACACUACAGCUGUUCAGUUCAGUCCCACUAUCCCCACCUCCUCCCACAAGUCUGGUUUUAGUCAUGUGGGUGAUGCUGCUCCACCCGGGUAUCAGGAGGGUCUGUCAAGGUUCACCGGAGAUAACCCCACUCCCACAAGAUGCUGCCCGCUCAAAGCACUUCCCCUUCAUAACAUGGGCGUUCUUUCUCAUCCAAGUUACUUUAUUCUUUUGUUUUGUUGGUUUUAGGAUGGAUACGUGUCAAAGCCUCUCUGACUGUAGCUUUUUUGGUGUGGUAAUGUUGUUGAAUCUUUAUUGCUCAGUCCCAACUGGAUGCACAUUAUUUAGCCGGAAACAGGAACAUGAGAUGAUACCUUAAUCCAAGUGCCUGUUUGUAUUGUAGUGUACUUUGUGUGUACUGCUUGUUGUACAAAACAUCCACUUCAGGCAGGUGAUCCUGCAUUCGUGUCCUGUGGAUUCACUGUGGUUAGUUCCUGCCACCUUACACAUCACGGAAAGAAGAUGAGUGUGUCCAGCCGAGCUUCUCUGACUCAUGAAAGCUGUUCCUGUGUAAGCCUGGUAAAUCUCACACACCUUUUUUUUUCACACACUUUGACAGAAGUGUUAUGAUGUUUUCUGACAGCUAGAUGAAAAAAAUUGUGAAAAAAUAAGUGAAUGUGCAUUUUAUUUUAU